AUGUUGAAUAUUAAUUCACCACGACGUCGAGCAGAUAGCCUACUGUGUCGAUCCCGAGAAGAGCCUUCUACGGACAAGAUAUGUGUGCCUAUGAUGAUGAUAGCAUUAGUUUUGAUUCUCUCCUUCUUCCAUCCUUCUCUUUCUCCAUUAUUCCCGACCUCUCUCGUGUCCGUUGUAAAUGCUCAGAAAUGUGUGAGUUAUAGUUUUAAAUGUUGCCGAAAUGUUCAUUAUUCGGUGAUGGAUAUUUUGGCAGAAACAUGGGACAGACAAACGUGCCAAAUGAUUGAUUAUGAAUUGAAAACAAAAUUGGCAAAUUAUAGCAAGGCUUGUCAGCAAGCUUAUGCAGAUUCGUUUUGCUUAUCCACCAUUGCUCAGUGUUGUAGCGCUCAACAACCUGUUUAUUAUCAUGUAUGCUCCAGUGUAUGCCAAAAUAUGAUGGCUCAAUGUGGAUCUGUAUUUAAUGCAACAGCUUGCAAGAUGUCACCUCCUUUCUAUCCACCACCUUGCAAUAGCGGAUAUGGAUCUGCUUGUCCCUCUAGUUCAGAAAAAACAUUUUCAGAUAACAAUAACGAAGAAGAUGAUAAUUAA